GAGGCGGUGGCCGACGGGCGCGCUCGGCCGUGCGGCGCGGCCCUGGAGAGGCGUGGAGAGGCGCCGCUGGGCUGGCGGCGGCGGCGAGGCACGCGGAGUGGGAAUGUCCGGGCUGUCCGGCAGCUCCGAACAGGGGAGCCCCGAGCGGAGCGCACCGCAGUCGCCACGCGUGGGCUUCGUGCUGGGGCUGGACGUGGGCAGCUCGGUGAUCCGCUGCCACGUCUAUGACCGCGCGGCGCGGAUCUGCGGCUCCAGCGCGCAGAAGGUAGAAAAUCUUUAUCCUCACACUGGCUGGGUUGAAAUUGAUCCUGAUGUUCUCUGGGUUCAAUUUGUUGCUGUAAUAAAAGAAUCUGUCAAAGCUGCAGGAAUAGAGAUGAAUCAAAUUGUUGGUCUUGGCAUUUCAACACAGAGAGCAACUUUUAUUACAUGGGACAAGAAAACGGGAAAUCAUUUUCACAACUUCAUUAGUUGGCAAGACCUAAGAGCUAUUGAACUUGUAAAAUCUUGGAAUAGUUCUCUUAUAAUGAAGCUAAUACACAGUUCCUGCCGAGUGCUUCACUUUUUCACUAGGAGUAAACGGUAUUUAGCGGCCAGUCUGUUCACUUUCACAACCCAGCACGUUUCCUUGAGAUUGGCCUGGGUUCUCCAGAACCUGAGUGAGGUGCAAAAGGCAGUUGAAGAAGACAAUUGCUGCUUUGGGACUGUCGACACCUGGUUGUUACAUAAGCUCACGAAAGGUUCUGAAUUCGCCACGGACUUUUCAAAUGCCAGUACAACUGGACUUUUUGACCCGUACGAGAUGUGUUGGAGUGGGCUCGUUACCUCUUUGCUUUCGAUCCCGCUGUCGCUCCUGCCUCCAGUGAAGGAUACGAGCCACCAUUUUGGAUCAGUGGACGAAGAGAUAUUUGGUGUGCCUAUACCAAUAGUGGCCUUGGUUGCUGACCAGCAGUCGGCCAUGUUUGGAGAAUGCUGCUUCCAGGUAGGAGAUGUGAAAUUAACCAUGGGAACCGGGACGUUUUUGGAUAUUAAUACUGGAAAUAGCCCUCAACAGACUGUUGGAGGCUUUUAUCCAUUAAUUGGGUGGAAGAUUGGGCAAGAAAUUGUAUGCUUAGCUGAAGGCAAUGCAGGAGAUGCUGGUACUGCCGUAAAAUGGGCUCAACAAUUAGAUCUUUUCACAGAUGCUGAUGAGACUGAAAAAAUGGCCAAAAGUUUGGAAGAUUCUGAAGGAGUUUAUUUUGUUCCAUCUUUUAGUGGAUUGCAGGCUCCAUUAAAUGACCCGUGUGCAUGUGCCUCUUUUAUGGGUUUGAAGCCUUCCACCAGUAAAUACCAUCUUGUACGAGCAAUACUGGAGUCAAUAGCUUUCAGAAACAAACAGUUGUAUGAGUUGAUGCAGAAAGAGAUCCAUAUUCCGGUAAGAAAAAUCCGGGCAGACGGAGGAGUUUGUAAGAACAGUUUUGUCAUGCAGAUGACGUCCGACCUGAUUAAUGAGAGUAUAGACAGGCCCGUCCACGUUGACAUGUCAUGCCUGGGUGCAGCUUCGCUAGCUGGCCUUGCUGUUGGGUUUUGGACUGACAAGGAGGAACUAAAGAAACUGAGGCAGAGUGAAAUGGUUUUCAAGCCGCAGAAGAAAUGGCAAGAAUAUGAAAUGAGUAUGGAAAACUGGGUCAAGGCCGUGAAACGCUCCAUGAAUUGGUAUAACAAGACAUAGCACUACACGGAAAGAAUAAAACUGUGGAUGGCUGGUUGUUGUGACACGCAGAUGGGGCAAAGCUCAGGGAUAACCAAUACAAUGAUGACUGAGAGGAGAAGAUUUAAAAUGAGUUUUGCAACCUGAGAGAAAAAGCAUUGCUUUUUUGAAACAAAACAAAACGAAAAAACCCUCAUUUAAAAAAAUCCAAACCUUGGUGAGAUUGUAAGGCAACAAUACCUCAAAACUUUUUAUCUUCUGUUUUGUAGCAAAUUCCAAAGGACAUUAACCAUUUCGAACCAUAUUUUGACAGUUAUGGGUCCUUCUUUUUUACUGGGUCAGUGGUACAUAUGAAGAUAAUUGUUUACUCUCUUUGAGUUAAUAGUUCUGGGUCAAGCACCAUGCACAUUUUGCUCCAAAAUUAUGUGAAAAGUAUUCCUUUAAUUCUUUAAAAUUAAGUGGGCUACUCAAAGCCAUACAGCUAAAAAGAAAGAAUAACUGAGGAAAUGUGGAAUUUUGAAACAUGAAUAUUUUAUAUUUAAAGCCAUAAUUGUUCAAUGUUAUAUCUAAAUAUGCACUCGAUAUGUCCUUCUCAGGCUUAUUUGUUAGUCAAGUCUUUCCUUUUUUGGGCUUAAAGACAUUGCCUUAAUUGUUCCUUGUUUAGCCAAAAUCUGAGCAUUCUUUAUGUAUCGAAAAACAUUGAAAAAGUAAUUCUGGUUAAUGAAACUAAAAAGGGUAUUCAUUCAUAAGGAACAAGAAGAGACUAUAUUUUUCCUUCUCAAAUAGAGUUUCUUUCAAAAACUUCUGCUAAAGCAUAACAUCCCAUUUUUUACUAAAUGCAGGUAGUAAGUAUAAUUCUUGCCUUUCCUCUCCUGUUGUUUUUCUUUCUCAGUUGGCAAGAUGCUUGCAUAAAUGUGUUUGUUUCUAUUAGGUGCCUAACUGACAGAGCUUUAUUUGAAGAAAGUACCCUAGUUUAUUGGUGACUUAAGAAUUGCCUUCAUUGGGGUAUUUCACUUGUCCAGGUAUCUUUUUGUUUUUGUCCAGUCUGCUCCACUCUGAGAUACGUGCAGUGGGUAGCUGACAGAGGUGGUGAGAGUCACUCAUGUUAGUGGCUAUCCUUUGGCCGCUGAGCCAGACAUGCCCAGAGAGGAGCGGGGACAGUUCUGCGUCCUCAGACUUUCCUGAUAGAAACAUGAAGAGGAGUAAGAGUUGUGAGCAGCUUCAGGCCAGGUGUAAAAUUGUCCUAACACAGUCGACCACCUUCCAGCCUGCUCUCCUGUUAUUUGCCCGUCCCUCCAUUUGGGCUAGGUUCCUUUUGAUUUGCAGCAAUAAUGAAUUUAUUUCCUUCUUGGUCAGCUUUAUCACAUAACAUCCUACUAUUGUAGAGCUAGCUGUUAAAUGAUAACACAGUAAAGAAGUGACUGUUACAGAGAAUGUUGUUGCUGUCGUAUAUGUCCACUUCAGAGACAGAGAUGAUAGCACUGGGGCUCAAGUUGCAUUUCUGCAAAUUCCAUCUCGGUGAGCUUUGUUUUCUCAAAUUAUUAAAAUGUUUUGAGGGAGUCACUAUAGCAAAUAUAUAGUAUUAACUCUAUUAAUUAAGAUUUGGAAAUAUUUUUGUUAACUGGAGGUGUUUGGUUUACUCUAACAAGUCAGAUCCUAUUAUGUAGACAUCUUCUCCUUUUCAUUUUUUGUUUUUUACAUCCUUUUUACAAAGCUUAGUGGCCAGUUUGUUUUUUUAUCAAAAUCAUGAAAGCUGCUAUGUUGUUUUACUAUUUCUUAUAGAUCCUGCUUCUCAGCAGGUAUGAUUUCAUAGGAAAUAAUUCUUUUUGUAUUAAGAUACACUGAAGUGUAAUAUUAUUAAUACCUAAAAGUUUGUUAGCUCAUCUCUUUUCUAUGUUGUUCUUUCUAAUCAUAAAACCACAAAAUAAAGAAAAAUAUCUUUUAGAUACUAUGGGAAAAUAACUUUAGAUAUCUCUCAUGGAAUUGAGCAUCUCCCUCAAAAAUUAGGGGCUAAUUUUUUUUCUUUUGUUAGUCUAGAGGUUAAUCUUUAUUUUUAAUAUUUCUGGCUGUUUUUAGUGACACGAUUUAGUAAAUCUUUUGUCAGGUUUGACCUAAAUCAGAAAUGUGGCCACGUUUGCUUUUGUGGUUGUAGAAACAGUUGAUGCUCAAAAUCAAUUGAGCAAAACCAAUGUCCUUCCAUCUUUCAAGUUCAUUUUUCAUUUGUAUGCUAAUAUUUGAAGUUUAAAAAAAUUUCUAUGCUAAUGUAUUUUCCCAUUAUGGAUCUAUCAGAUAGUUUUAGAGGUCUAUAGCUAUCUUAUCAAGGAGGAGAACGUUCCUGUACAAUCCUCCUUGAAGUGGUACUAAUUGCUAAUUACUGUAACUAAUUACUGUAGACUUUACUGAUUUUUAAAUUUUUUAUAUCCAACCAUGACAUGGUUUCUCAACCAGAGUAUUAUUGACAUUUUGGGACAGGUAAUCCUUUUAGGGUGCUGUGCUGUGCUUUAUAGGAUGUUUAGCAGCAUCCCUGACCUCUACUCACCAGCUCCCAGUGGCAUCCCCCUAGUUGUGGUGGUCAAAAAUAUCUCUAAACCUUGCCAAAUGUCCCCUGGGAGGCAAGAUCGCCCCCAGUGGAGAAGCGCUGAUACAUGCAAACUGUUAGACGAAAACUGAAGACUCGGUGAACGUGGAGCAUCUCUCGUACUCCUUUACUCGCUGCCUCAUUUUUACUUUAGGAAAUGAUUGUUAGCAGAAAGAGGUUGUGGAAUCUUAAAAAGGGUUUCUGCUUUGCUGGCUAAUGAGGUUAAAAAAAUCUCAUGUUGUAACUGUCUUCUGCUCUUUUCUUUUUUUUUUUUAAAGACUGGCACCUGAGCUAACACCCGUUGCCAAUCUUCUUUUAUUUUUUCUUCUUCUUCUUCUCCCCAAAGCCCCCAGUACAUAGUUAUAUAUU